AUGUCUACUAAAGUCAACGUCGAGCGGCCUUCCGAUAAUCUGGCACAUGCUAUGGCGGGUGCAGGCGGAGGCCUCCUCUCCAUGGCACUCACGUUUGUCCAAAGAACUUCUAAAAUCCGAUUUGAAUCAUCGCGUGCUCAUUCUGAUUUUCUUGAUGCUGUUAGAGGUAUCGUACGUCGUGAGGGAGUGUCUGGCUUAUAUUCAGGCCUGACUUCAGCUCUAUUUGGAAUCAGUGUUACGAAUUUCGUGUAUUACUACUGGUACGAGCUCACUAGAUCUAGCUUCGAAGUAGCUGCUCUCAGAUCAGGUCGACAUCCAAAGAGGCUCACAACUGUGGAGAGUAUGGUUGCUGGAGCUAUUGCCGGGAGCACAACGGUGCUGUUGACAAAUCCAAUAUGGGUCGUCAACACACGGAUGACUAUUCGAAAGCAAAACAACGCGUCGACUAAAGACUUAGUAAUUACGCAGUCACCUUCUACCCUUGGUACUCUGGUGGAUCUGAUUAAGAAUGACGGUCCGUUAGCUUUAUUUGCUGGCGUCGCGCCGGCUCUCAUUUUAGUCAUCAAUCCAAUUCUGCAAUAUACUAUCUUUGAGCAGCUCCGAAAUAUGCUACAGCAAAAAAGGAGGAUGACGCCAACGAUUGCGUUCUUGCUUGGCGCUCUGGGCAAGCUCUUUGCUACUACUAUCACAUAUCCUUACAUUACUCUCAAAAGUCGCAUGCACGUGGCCGGCCGUGAUGGAGAUAGGUCUAGUAUGGUGGAUACUAUCAGGAGAAUUCUACGAGAGGAAGGGUAUCUUGGUUUCUACAAGGGUGUUGGUCCUAAAGUCGCUCAAAGUGUUAUUACGGCAGCUUUCUUAUUUGGGUUUAAAGAUAUUCUCUAUAAACAAACAAUUAAACUACGUCGACAAAUACAGCUACCAGCAGCUUAA